AAAAAAUAACAAUCAAAUGCCAGAAAAAACAUUUUCUUAUUCUGUUAUUUAAGUUUAUUAAGAUCAUCAAAUAUUUAAAAUGUAUUCAACAUUUGAUAAAAUUCCUAGUGUAAUCGAAAUUCAACUGGACCCAGUCAAGAAACUAACCGUUUCACAAGAACUCGAGGCCGCGAAAGCAUUGCUGCAUCAACGAAAAACUCAGUGCGCCUCCAUAAAACAUAAAUACAAAAGACCCAAACGGGCGCCACUUUUAUAUGGAUACAAAUUCUUUUGCGUGUGCCCACAAUACAACCCCGAAUAUGCCUGUAAGCAUACCGGUAGCGUAAUAAUUGACCGUGAUGUUCUUACCAAAGAGGAACAUAUGUGUUACUUAUCCACCCCGCGAGAAAAUGUGGCUGCUCCUCGAAAAAGACCUAGAUAUUACCAAAAAAAGAUUAUUAUGCCAAAUUGUACGACACGCAUAGAGCAACUGGCUAUGCCCGAUGUAAAGCGCGUCCGUUACACACUAGACGUACAUAAGAGUUUUCUUAGAAAACGUCAAAUAAAGUCGUUAAAACAUCAUUUGGAUCACAAAUCUAAAGUUGUGUCCUAUAGCAUAAAUACAGCGCUUUCUUAUAUUGAAGAAGAAAAGCGUUUAGAAAGAGUUGCUAAAGUGUUGCAGAAGCGACAAUGUCGCAGACUCAAAAAGCAUAUACUUCGUAAGCAGCGACGUCAAAUAAGAAAGAUUAUUUGUGUGUUAUUUGAGGAAAUGAGAGAUUUUUUACUUAACGACCAGUUUUUGAUAGAUGAGCGGUCAACUCUUUGCGCAGUUAUAUUGGAGCAAAUUAGGAAUUUCACAGAUAAUGAGUUCUACACUACAAGUAACCUAAGAGAAUAUCAACAAGUCUUAGCAAACAAUCUCACAGUAUGGAUAAAUAAAUUUAUAUCUAAUCUCAACAUACAUCUGGCGCCGCCCCCAGUAUUAACUGAAAACUUAGAGCCUGAUACCUUUUUGCCUGUCAAAGACUAUAUAUCAUGUUCAGAAUUGGUUGAGAGUGAAGAAUACCAGACGGAACAGAAUAUUUAUUUUUCUGCCGAGGAUGAAGAAGAUAAUGAUUUUUUGUACAAUACUGAAGACACAAUAACUAAUACAAACCGUUAAGUUGUUUCCGGGAAAGACGAUUGAAAAUUUCACACGAUAGAAAUUUACUAUCAUGGUUUUUUAAAACUUCUACUGGCAUCGCCCGUAUAACAAAAAGCAAAAAUUUCUGAAAAAUAAGAAUCAUUAAAACAAAUUAAUCCAACAAGCAUUGAAAUGGAAGAGCAUAUUUUUAUAAAUAAAUAAAUCACGCCACAAUGGCAUGUAAUAUUGUUCAAAUAA